UGAACACUCCUACUUGGAUAGUUACGCUAGCAAAUUUCUCGGAGAGGGGCCAUAACCAGUCAUCAGUUCAGUGACAGAGUCACAGUGAGUAGAGAGGUAGAGGAGUGAGACGGAGAUAUACACUAGACAUUCAUUUAUGGAUCUGGGUCUUCCUCUAAGCGCCCUAAUUCCCUCAUGGACAUCCGUUGGGAUUCUAGCGGCGUUCUUCAUUUACUUGCCAAUUUUCGGAUCCAUACUUCCCGGAAAAGUCGUCCCCGGCGUUGUCUUACGAGACGGCACUCGUCUUCAUUAUCGCUGCAAUGGUUUGCUAUCACUUGUUUUGCUGGUCGCGGCUCUUGGGAUUGCUGCUAAGAUGGAAGUUCUGUCGCCUACCGCUAUAUCAGACAGAGGCCUUGAUCUGCUUUCAACUACGUUUUUGUUCAGUUUCCUAGUCACGCUGGUCCUCUAUGCCACUGGCUGCAAUUCAAGGAAUCAGGGUUCAUCCUUAAAGCCUCAUGUCACAGGAAACCUAAUACAUGACUGGUGGUUUGGAAUACAGCUGAAUCCCCAGUUUCUGGGCAUUGACCUCAAAUUUUUCUUUGUUAGAGCAAAUAAAAAAGGAAUGAUGGGCUGGCUGCUUAUUAAUCUGUCAGUUCUUGCAAGAAGUAUUCAAGAUGCCACUUUGAAUCGGUCAAUGAUCCUGUACCAAUUUUUCUGUGCGUUUUACAUCCUGGACUACUUUGUUAACGAGGAGUACAUGACUUCCACAUGGGACAUAAUUGCAGAGAGAUUAGGCUUCAUGCUGGUAUUUGGAGACCUAGUGUGGAUUCCUUUCACUUUUAGCAUCCAGGGUUGGUGGCUUUUGAAGAACAAGGUGGAACUAACAACAGCCGCCGUUAUAGCAAAUUGUUUCGUCUUUAUAAUAGGGUAUUUAGUAUUUAGAGGAGCUAACAAGCAAAAACAUGUGUUCAAAAAGAACCCAAAAGCACUAAUAUGGGGAAGGCCUCCGAAGGUCAUUGGGGGAAAGUUGCUCGCUUCUGGUUAUUGGGGGAUCGCGAGGCACUCUAAUUACCUUGGGGACUUGUUGCUUGCACUAUCCUUCAGUUUACCUUGCGGGAUAAGCUCCCCAGUUCCAUACUUCUAUCCAAUCUAUCUUCUGAUUCUACUAAUAUGGAGGGAAAGAAGGGACGAGGCUCGCUGCGCAGAGAAGUACAGAGAGGUUUGGGCUGAAUACCGUAGACUUGUUCCCUGGAGAAUAUUGCCUUAUGUUUAUUAGCAUCAAAGGCUUUGCAUUUGACAAGAGUAGCUGCUAGAGAGCUCUUCUGCUCUUGACUUAUUGUUGUAUUGAUGUAUUUGAUUUCAAUGGAUUUUGAUGUUUUCUGAGGGUGAGGCUUGUUAAUCUUUUUUCAAAAAUAUGCCUGCAAUUUUGUAACUCGUAGAUUUUCUUAUUGAAUUCCUAUGCAAUUUGCU